GGGUUUCAAAAACUUCGGCAGCGGAAGAACUAGAAAUCCAAAUAAAAAUAUUUCUCUUAAUUUUCGCAUAAAAAUCCACAAACUGCUCUUAAAUUUUCUUAUUUUUCUCUCUAUUAACGAAUCCGAGAAAAAAAAUUUAGGGUUUUUUGGUGGUCUUUAGGUUUUUCUGGGAAAAAUUAUGAUGAUCAACGGAGGAAGGAUCUGAAUUGGUUAAUUGAUUAUGAGAUUUUGAGGAAGAAGGAUCUGGAUUAGGGUUUGUUGUUCUUUGUUUUUGGAAAUUAAAAUGGUGAAAUCGGUUGUUUUUCAGGGGGAAACCCUAAUUGGGGAGGUGGAAAUCCACCCCCAAAGCUCGUACAGUUGCCAAGGACUACGAGAGAUCAGGAUCGCCGGAUUUUCGCCGGCGAGCGGCCGAUGCCCGCCGCUGGCGGUCUUUUUCUGCAUCGCCUCCGGCGAAGUCAUCUUCAAAAUGGAAUCUUUAUCGCUGCCGUCAUCGCCGGAUGGAUCGCCACUCUCCUCCAUGCACGCAGCUUGCCUCAGAGAGAACAAGACUGCAGUUGUACAAUUGGAAGGGGAAGAAAUUCAUUUGGUGGCAAUGCCUACCAGAAAGAACCUCACCGACUGCUCAUAUUUUUGGGGUUUCAGUGUCAUGCCAGGGUUGUACAAUUCAUGCCUUGCCAUGCUGAACCUGAGGUGCCUUGGGAUUGUGUUUGAUCUUGAUGAGACACUUAUAGUUGCCAAUACCAUGCGGUCGUUUGAGGAUCGAAUUGAUGGUCUCCAACGGAAAAUAAAUAAUGAAAUGGAUCAGGAGCGAGCCACUGAUUUGGUGUCUGAGCUCAAACGCUAUCAGGAUGACAAAGCUAUAUUGAAACAGUAUAUAGAGAAUGAUCAAGUAGUUGAUAAUGGGAAGGUGUAUAUAGUACAACCUGAGAUCGUCCCUCCAUUGUCUGACAAUCAUCAGUUGAUCAGUCGCCAAAAUAUCAUCUUGACACGUGUCAAUCCAGCGAUACGCGAUACCAGUGUCCUUGUACGACUAAGGCCAGCAUGGGAAGAUCUGCGAGGCUACUUAACCGCAAGAGGCCGCAAACGUUUUCAGGUAUAUGUUUGCACAAUGGCUGAAAGAGAUUAUGCUCUUGAAAUGUGGAGGCUUCUUGACCCAGAAUCAAACUUAAUCAACCACAGGGAACUUUUGGACAGAAUAGUAUGUGUGAAAUCUGGUUCAAGAAAGUCACUGCUUGGUGUCUUUAAAGAUGGAGUUUGCCACCCAAGUAUGGCAUUGGUUAUUGAUGACCGUCUGAAAGUUUGGGAUGAAAAGGAUCAAUCUCGCGUGCAUGUUGUUCCUGCAUUUGCUCCAUAUUAUACUCCUCAUGCAGAGGCAAACAAUGCCAUCCCAGUUCUUUGUGUAGCGAGAAAUAUUGCAUGCAAUGUCAGAGGUGGCUUUUUCAGAGAAUUUGAUGAUGCUAUUUUGCCACAAAUUAGUAAUAUUUUCUAUGAAGAUGAAAUGAACUUUCCUUCUGCCCCAGAUGUUUCCAAUUUUUUGAGUCCAGAGGAUGAUACUUCCAUGUUUGAUGGGAAUAAAGAUGAUCCUGAGGCUCAGAGGAGAUUGAAGGAUCCAAACUACAGCUUCCAAUCUGUUCCUUCACUGGUCAAUGGUCUGGAGCCAAGGAUAAUCUCUUAUUAUGAGCAUGUUAUGACUCCACUUGGGGCAGUUCCAUUGCCAAACUCUCAAAUGACGAUGGCUCCUUCUAAUAACCAAUGCUUGCAGCCUUGUACAUCAGGAAAGCCAUUUCUUCAACCUGUUAUUUCAGAACCAAGCUUGCAAGGCUCUCCUGCUACAGAAGAGGGUGAGGUUCCAGAAUCAGAAUUAGAUCCUGACACGAGGCGAAGGCUUCUUAUUUUACAGCAUGGACAAGACACCAGAGACCCACCUCCACCACCUGCACCCUAUGCGGGGAGGCCUCCUUUUCAAGUAUCCGGUCCUUCUGUUCAAUCACGAGGAAGUUCAUUCCCUUUAGAUGAAGAGAUAAGUCCCAGGCUCCGCAGAAGGUUACCCAAUGAAUUUUCAAUUGAACCAGACUCUCAACGCUUUAGUAGAAAAAGAUUUCGUCCUUCUUUCUAUCAUGGUCGAGAUUAUUCUGACAGAGCAAUUAAUGAAAACCACAGACCACCGUUACAGGUACACCGUAAUGAUGAACGCUUGCGUUUAAACCAUGCAGUGUCAAACUACAAUGCCUUUCUAGGUGAGGAAAUGCCUAUUGUUCGAAAUCAUUACAGGGAUGCUCAUUUAGGACCUGCCUCUGCCAGUGUGCCAUAUCCAGAAAAUCCUGUCAGUGUCCUACAGGAAAUUGCAGUUAAAUGUGGAGCCAAGGUUGAAUACCGGACAGCUUUGUGUGAUGCUACAGAAUUACAAUUCUCUAUUGAGGCCUGGUUUACUGGAGAAAAGCUUGGCGAAGGAAUUGGCAGGACAAGGAGAGAAGCCCAGCAUCAAGCAGCUCAGGCCUCUAUUCAUGCAUUGGCCAAUAAUUACUUGUCUUCACUGCCUGAUGCUAUUUCCCAGCAUGCUGAUUUGAAUAAGUUCCCACCAUUUAAAGAAAAUGGGUUUCUCCAUGAUCCAAACUCAGUUGGGCAUCAAGUAUUUACAUGGGAUAACUAUUUAUCAGUUACUAGUACGACAGAUGAUCAUCGAUUUCUGGACCAGAAGGUCAUGGAGGGAAAGAAAGCAACAGCAUCUAUUGCUGCCCUCAAAGAACUAUGUACUAUGGAAGGUUUUAAUCUUGUUUUUCACUCUCCACUCUCACUUUCUUCAGAAUCAGAAAGUCAAGGAGAAAUGCAUGCGCAGGUUGAAGUAGCAGGACAGAUAUUAGGAAUGGGAAGUGGAAUUUCAUGGGAAGAAGCUAAAUUUAAGGCUGCAGAGGAGGCUCUUGGGACAUUGAAGUCCAUGCUUGGUCAGUUCACUAACAGAAAGUCAUGUUCUCCUUCUCCGAGGCAACCAUUUGCAUCUCCAAAUAAGCGGCUGAAAUCAGAGUUUACUUGAGUAUCACUGCACCAGGAAGCAUAUUCCAAAAACAAUACACCAGUGCAUUGAUAACCACGGUCAGCUUUUCUGCCCGUUUGCCGAACUUGUUGGCAUGGCUGUUCCUGCCAUUGGAGAUGCAUGAAGUUCAGGCUGGAUCAAGGCGGCAUUCCAUUUAAACGACUAAUCAAAUGUCACAAUCUAUUCAAAUUCAAGAAAGAGGGGAAUCUCUUGUGCACAUUGAUAUGCCUAACCGCGUUGAGAUUUAUCCACAACAUGUCUCAUAUCUUCGAUAAAUUGGUGAAACAGUUUGCUGCCCGC